ACGUACCAGAACGCAUCGACAAAAAUAUUUGUUUGUUGUGUACUUUACUGACGACAAGUAGCGCAUAGGAAACGUUCGCUACGCAUUUGUUCUGUGAUCAUGGAGUAUAAAGUUGUUACCAGUAAACCGUUAAAGUUGAAAGGAGAAGGAGUCAAGAAGAAAAAGAAACAUAAGGAAGACAAGAAGUUACUGGAGCAGGUGACAAAGGCAUCGGAGAUUCCGCAAGAAGGUCAGAAGCCGCCACAAAUUCAACGCACUAAAGCUGAAUUAGCAUUCUUGAAACAACAAGAGAAAAUGCAAAAAGAAAGAAUUGCACAGAAGGCAUCAAAAACCCACAAACAAAGAGUAGAAGAAUUUAACCGUCAUUUAGACAGCCUCACAGAACACUUUGACAUCCCCAAAGUCAGCUGGACCAAGUAGUGUUCAUUUACUCUCCCUCCAUUGUACAUUUCCCUUAAGUUGUAUGUUUUUGUUAUUUAUCAAAGAAAGAGUGCCCUUAUUUGCCAAAAUCCAAGUAAUUGUAACUGUU